AUGUGCCACUCUUCCUCUCACCACUAGCUCUCUUUAUCUCUUAUCUCCUCUCUCCUCCUCCUCUCUGAACAUGGAAGCACAUCAGUGAAGAGUGGAUUGUUCCUUCUCUUUUCUCCCGUCAUCUCCUCUGCACUUCAGUCUGUGUGUUUGGGCGUCUGUUCCUGGCUGGGGAUGCUCGUGUCUGUGACAGCGCUUUUGGGGGCAACUCUAGGUACCGUGUCUGGAGUGCUGACACUGUGCGGUCUCUCCCUGCUUUGCAAGAUAUUUAAGAAGGGGAAACUUGAGAGAGGAGAAGAUACAGACCCAGAGAAAGCCAAACCUAGCAUUCUGCACUCUCUCACACAGUUUAGUGUGCAGAAAUUGACAGAACCCAUCCAGCCUCAAGCAUCUUUGAAGUUCCCUAAAAUCUACCGACCCAAAUCUUCAGUCACUUCUCAAAAGGUAAUAAACUACAAAGAUCAUGGACCUGCCAACGACACAUCUGCAGCCAAGCUCGACACCUGUAACCAGGCAACAGGAUGUGAGGAUGUCUUCUCCCUCCCGUGGCAAGCUACUGCAGAUGAGACACCCUGCACUUCUGAGCAAUCCAAUGCAAUGAUGAAAAGAAGCUCCAUCCUAUAUCCCAAACUGCACUUCUCCAUCAGUAUGCACAAAGAGAGUGGAGAGCUACACAUCUGCAUUAUAGAGGCGGAGAAUAUAUCAGUGGAUGCAGGAUGUGAGGGCUUUAUCUCAGGGUGUCUGAGUGUCUCUGAUGAGCAGAAGCACGCCCAGACUGCAGUGCACAAGCUGGCAGCACGAGUGGAGUGGGGAGAGGAGCUGGUGUUUGCCCUGCCCGUGGAGGGCACUGAUUGCCUGGAUGGAGAGGUGGUGCUCUCUCUUCACUGCUGUGAUCGAUUCUUCCAGAAUUCUACUCUGGGUAUCAUGCACUUUAAGUUGGCUGAUGUAAGCAUGAUGUUGGAUGCUGACUGCUGUGUUGAUUUACAGCCACCCAAACAGGAAGUGACAUCAUCAUCUGGGGAGCUACUGUUGUCGCUCAGUUAUCUACCAGCGGCCAAUAGACUUGGAGUGGUGGUAAUGAAGGCAAGAGGACUUCAGUCCAACAAACUAAAAGACAACAUAGAUCUAUCGGUAAAACUGACCCUGAAACAUCAAAAUGCCAAGUUGAAGAAGAAGCAAACACGGCGAGUGAAGCACAAGAUGAAUCCGGUCUGGAACGAGAUGAUGAUGUUGGAGCUGCCCAGCGAGCUACUGGCUAAAUCUAGCAUAGAGUUGGAGGUACUGAAUCUGGCCAGUCCUGGGACCCUGCUCCCCCUAGGCCGCAGUAUGCUGGGGCUCCACACCUCCGGCACGGGCCUGCAACACUGGAAACAGAUGCUAGAUAAUCCACGCAAGCAAAUUGCCAUGUGGCAUCCUCUGUACAUCUAAGAAAACAGUUUAAUAUUCUCAAACACACUGGCACAUCAAUGCACCCCUAUACACAAUGAAUGGUUAAAUAUGUGGUUGCACUAGCCCUGUGUAAAAAUAUGUAGUACUCAAAUAAAGAAAUGUAGAUCCAAUAUAAUGAGUGAACCCAGUUGUUAUCACCUUGUAAUAUGUAAUUAACUUCUCUACAGGGGUUACCGUAAAGCUAAUGGAGGCAGUCACUGCAGUUCUAAUAUUAUUACACAGUAAUUUAAAGUAUUGUAAUGUAAGCAGUGCUGCAUUUACGGUUCCUAUGGUGUUGUUUAUAGUGCCUGUUUAAAAUACUCCAUGCUAUUUUUAACUGGUCGGUGUUGGAGCCAUCCUCAUCUCCCAGUACCCAGCUGUUAGAUACAAAAUAAGACUAAAGAGUACUCUCGAUCAAUAUAUGGCAUCAUAGUAAUUGAUGGCUGGGAGAGGCAGCGUUGAUAUUGUGAUUGGCUCAUAUCUGUUAGGGAGUAAUGCUUGGGUGGAUCAGACUGGGGAAAGGUCAAACCAUUGUAUCCUGACAGGUUUGUCAGAAACAAUGUCGCUCAUAACUGUUCAAUGAAUAAUCGCAACCAAUUUUAGGUUAAAACAAUCUCUGCUGGUUGACGCCCAUAUAUGAUACACAGGUAUUUUGGACAGUAUCAGAAAAGGCCCAUUUCAUAGUACAAUCUGGCUUAUUCAACUGAUAUAUAACUGAUUAUAAUAUCCAGCAGUAUAGUGCAAUUCAUUGUCUCAGAAUGUUUCAAACACAGAACCCGAUUAACCAAUCUGACAAGUCAGUUUAAUGUGGGCAAGAAAGCAGAACAUUCAUGCAUAAUUCAUUAAGCUGUAUUUGGCAUGUCUCAUUAUCAGUUUAGCGACAAAUAAAGCAAUAGGUCCCAAUUAAUACCACCGUUUACAGGAACUGGAACAAUGGAGCCCUGCACACGACUGAAUAAAUAUACAGGGUCUUAAAAAGGAUGAAAGGAUGCAGGUUCAGUCCAAAGAGAUGACUUGUUCCCAGAAAGUUACCUUAUGUGUGAUCAGGGUUGGGAGGUUUACUUUUGAAAUGUAUUCCACUACAGAUUACAGAAUACAUGCUGUAAAAUAUAAUUUGUAAUGUAUUUCGUUAGAUUACUCAAGGUCAGUAACGUAUUCUAAAUACUUUGGAUUACUUCUUCAGCACUGGUAGAUUUUUUAACUUGUUUUGACUAUAAAAACUCUGUCAGUACAGUAAGACAAAAUACACGUUAAAAAUAUAUUCUCUGAAAAACCUAAAUAUCUUAUGUAAUGUUGCUUCUAAAACAAGAUAAAUCAAAUUGAUCUUGUUUUAAGGAUUUUUAGAUAUUUUUACAGUAAAAAAAUUCAAAAAUUAUCAUCAAGAAUACAAUUUUUGCCCUAAUAUCAAAGGUCUUACUAGAAAAAAAGAAAUUAUGAUCUAAUGUGAAUUUUCUUGAUAAAAAAAUAUGAUCGUGCCUGGUAACAUGUGCAUGUAAAAUGACUAGAAUUAGCAUUUUAGCUUAGCGUAAAGCUGACAAUUUACACAAGGUUUAUUUCUAUUUCUUCUGCUCUAAACUUACUUCAAACUUACUUCUCUGUCUGCUCGUAUGAAUGUAACACUUCAUAAGAAAGUGUUUCACCUCUGUUCAAAUGUACUUUGGAUCGCAUCAUUUACAUGUAUAAAUGUUUUCCAUCUGAAAGGACUAAAUAUUAAAUGAAACAAAUGACAAUAAAAUGCAAAGUAAUCUCUUCAGUAAUCAAAACACUUUUUGAAUGUAACUGUAUUCUAAUUACCAAUGAUUUAAAUUGUAACUGUAGUGGAAUACUUAUAUUUUGUAUUUUAAAUACAUAAUCCCGUUACAUGUAUUCCGUUACUCCCCAACCCUGUGUGUGAUUGUCUCUAACAUUAUUGUACUUUAAGUUUCUUUAGGUAAAAACUGUCUAUCAAAAAUACCCAACUAGAAAGGAUACUCGGAUUUGAAACCUAGAGUUGUGCCACUUAACAGGUUGCAGGUCCGAACACCAGAAAAAAUAAAUCAGUUAUGCAGUUUUUAAAUGUUGAAUCUCAUUAAACAUGUUUAUUCCAUAUGAACUUUCAAAACUAAAUUACAAGUUGCUUCCUUUGUCUCUCCACUUUCAAGCCAAAUUUUAGCCAAAUACAACCAGCCCUAAUUUAUUUCAGAAAUGUAUUUUAGAUUUGGAUUUCAACAGGCAAAAAAAUCUACAAUGAUUUUAGAAUGCACGUUAGUACUUGAUAUGCCUAACAAUUGAAGUCAUACAAUCCUCUUUAACAGUUAUAUUUAUCAAACACAAAUACUUGAUAAAUACUACAGCUAUGACCACUGAAUCCAAAUGCCACUGUAUGUAUCAAAUAUAUUGUGCUUCUUGGAUAUAUAUUGAAACUAGGCAUGUGACGGUAUCAAAUUUUCACAUCACGAUAAAUGCUGAAGCUUUUAUCAUGGUAUACGGUAUUAUCGCGGUAUUGAACUGCAUUACAUACAUGGGUUAAAAGAUAAACAAACGUUGUUGUUGUUCUCUUAAUAACAAGUUGAAUGACUUUUUUCAAUGCCAAACUGGUCUUUUAAAUGAACAGAUAACAAAGAACUUUGAAAAGAACCCUGAACAUUUAAAACAUUUUACAACUAAUUGGCUAGAUCAAUAGUAUGCACGUUUUGUUUUUUGUUUUUCUGGAUAGCAACCCAGUUCCUAAUAGAUAGCUAGGCGCUAACUACAAAUUUAAUAACCUCAAGUUCACUCACUUUUCCUGUGCUGAAGAGUAUUCUGAGUGAGUCUUGAUUUUGGACUUUUGUGGACUUGUGGACUGUUUCUGUCUGUUCACUGAAGUUGGAGAUUUAAGAGGACUGUUUUUACUUUGUUGUACUUGGUCCUGUUUUCCACUCGUGGGGUGUGUACCUUAGUUUUCUUUUGUUUGCCCUGUUUUCACCCCUCGUGUUUUCUGUCACGGUGUUUAACGUACUGUUCCAGCCACAAGUAAAGCCAAUAAUGCAGGUUUUUCUCUCCGUGGACUGCCGCAUUUAACGCUGUGUUGCUUUGUUUUAUUAAACUUUUAAAAAAUCCAAUCGCUCCAUACUCAUUUGUCGUGGCCACGCUGUCUUUGUAGAGUUUGUGCUGCAAAUCAUGUAAAAAAAUAAAAAUAAAAAAAAGUAUACUUCCACACAAUCUCUGAGAGACGGGCUUCAAAGUUAUCCAUUUUAACGACAUUAAAUUAGGUAACAACUCCUUAGAUGGCACGUGCGACUGUAAAUAAAAACAAAACGUCACAUCCAAACCACACCCAUGAUUAGUUUUAACCAGUCAUCAAUGCUCUUAGACCAGCCGAGUUCUCUUGAGUCAAGAAUUUCAGAUGUACGCAAACAGGAGAAAUCUCACCAAACGAACACCUUGGCAGAACAAAAAUGUCACUGCACUUUGUCAUCAUUUGUUGGCGAACUAAGCGAAGCCUGUUCGCCCAGUAAGUAUAAAUUAGCCUUUAGUUGUCACUUAGCUUAGAGUUUUCUCUCUCAGUUUUCAAAAACAGUAUGGAAAAAUGAAGAAAACUGUCACAACUUAGCUUUAUCUCACUGGAUUGCACAGGAUGAUUGUCCCGCAGAUGAGCGAACAUGUUGGAGGUGUUCCCGUGUUUUGCUGCCACAUGUUUUACACAAAGGGAAAUAAUCUUCGACCAUCAAUCCCUCUGCAUUUUUAUGGGACCCAAAAUACUUCCACACUUCCGACUUAAAUCCGAUAACAAAUUUGUGCAUGUUAAUUACCGUGAUAUACCGUAUUACCAAAUACCAUCACAUGCCUUGAGACUCAUUUAAUGUGCUAUAACCCACACAGUGGUAACUGAAGAAAAUGGCAAGUCAAAACAGAACAAAAAAAUGACUAAAAACAAAACUUACUAAACAGCAGCUAUAAGCAGGUAUUCAGCUCAGUCACAGAUAUUUGCUGUAACAUUAUUUGUAGUGUGUGUGUUUUAGUGUUCUCUGUUUGGUGUGACCUGGUGACUAUAUAAUCUUAAGUCAAGUCAGAUCAUAAAUUGUUCGUCACACACAAGCAUUAUAUUAAUUCUGAUAUCAUUGAUGAAAAGGCAGGGUGAUGCACUUACAUACAGGGUUUUAAAUUCUGUGCAACGUUUAAUUGCUCAUAAUUUAGUUCAUUAACAGAUCAAAGAAAUAUCAGGCAUGUUUCAAAUAUUUUGAUAGCAAAUUCAAGCUUUAAAGAUGUUUUUUAUAAGUAGUUUCCUUGGGUAGCAAUAAAAUAAAGCACUGUAAAUUUUCCAUGCUGCAUGACCUGUGUUCUGGGUAAAUACAUUAGAUAGAUACCAUUAUUAACUGGACUAUUAAAAAAAUCAUAUAAUCUAUUCAGUGCUGACUUUCUGCACCUGUUCAUUUUGCAGAGAAGCAUGAUCUAUGUUAUAAUCAUAAAAAUCUGACCCAUUUAUGUAUCUUUUAACAGUCUUAAUUUCAUACUGAUAGAAACUAUUUUUAUUCUUAACAUAUGCUUCUUUUUGUGAAACCAAAAGCCUUGUGAUGGUGUG